CUGGACUAUGUUAUAGGUGCUCUGUAGCAAGCUGGGACUGUCUGACUGUUCAGUGUCUCUUCAUACAACCAGCUGACGUCCCCUGUGAUCGGGACCAAUAUGGGCUCUAAACUGUCAGUAGAUGAAUCUGUGCAAGUAGUCAUCAUAGGUGGAGGAUUUGCUGGAAUAGCAGCUGCCAAUCAGCUGAAGUCCUAUGAAAUUCCUUUUAUUUUAGUGGAUAUCAAAGAUGCCUUUCAUCACAAUGUUGCUGCCCUUCGAGCAUCUGUAGAAAGUGGUUUUGCAAGAAAAACAUUCAUCUCCUAUGGAGAUUCAUACCAAGACAGCUACAAGCAAGGACGAGUGGUGGGAAUAAACCUGCAGAACCAAACUAUUGUACUGGAGAACAAUGAGGAAAUACAUUUUUCCCAUCUCAUCAUUGCAACUGGGAGUGAUGGUCCGUUCCCUGGGAAAUUAAAUAAAGCAACCACCAAGGAUAGUGCCAUUCAAUUAUAUGAAGAUCUAGUAAAGCAGGUCCAAAAGGCUAAACAUGUGGUGGUUGUUGGUGGAGGCUCAGCUGGAGUUGAAAUGGCCGCAGAGGUGAAAACUGACUAUCCUGAAAAAGAGGUGACAUUGAUACAUUCAAAAAUUGCGUUAGCCGAUGUGGAGCUGCAGCCGUGUGUAAGGCAGGCUAUAAAGGAUAUCCUUUUGGAAAAAGGAGUUGAGCUAGUAUUGGGGCAACGAGUUACCAAUCUGAAUGAAUUAACCUUGAACGUGGUUCAAGAGAAUAUGGAAUUGCAUUUGGACAAGGGUACAGAGGUGAUCACUGCUGACCUGAUUCUCUGUUGCAUAGGACUGAAGAUUAAUUCAUCUUGCUACAUGGAUGCUUUUGGUGAUAAAGUGGCGAGCAAUGGGGCUCUGAAAGUGAAUGAUCAUUUACAAGUGGAAGGAUAUAAUAAUAUUUAUGCAGUUGGGGACUGUGCUGAUUUAAGCGGACCUAAAAUGGCUUAUAAUGCUGGCUUGCAUGCCAAGAUUGCAGUAACCAACAUUAUCCACAGUCUUAUGGACAAACCACUCAAGACCUAUAAAACAGGACCUGUCACUAUGCUAUUGUCUAUGGGUCGAAACGCUGGAGUUGGCCAGAUCAAUGGUUUCUACUUGGGGAGUUUUUUUGUUACUAGAGCAAAAAGUAGAGAUAUAUUUGUUUCAAAAAGCUGGAAAGAAAUGGGACAAAAGAUGCCCGAAUAAGUAUUAAUUGAAUUAUUAAUAACAUUUUAAAUGCUGCCUUUUCUUUAACUUCUAACUCAACAUACCAGUUGUUUAUUACUUUACUGUAAAGAGAAUAUUAAAAUAAACAUUUUUAAUAUACAAACUAACCAAAUGACAGCCAUAAUAAUAUGUUCAUACAGAUGUGUUCACCCUUGCCUUUCUGCACAAAUUAAAUAUAUUACUUCAACAUUCUAGCAAAAACCUUGACAGGCUGCAAUUCACUUCUCAACCACUGGCUGGAAACAUAGACACAUAUAUAGCAUAAAUACCUACCAACAAAGUCUCAAAACUGUUGCAGAUAUUUACUUUACUGGCACAAAAUGGUGCACAUUAGGCAUGGCCCCUUUCCUAGAAAUCUCCAUCCCCUUUCCGGUAAUCCCCCAUCUCCUGUCGAGCAUGUUAGAAAAAGUGUAGAAACCCUAGAUACGCCACAUUUCUCCAAUAUAUGCCACUUUGUAGACGGAUUUUAGCGCAGACACUUUAGUAAAUCUGGGCUUGUGUUUUUUUUAAGCUGGUAAUCUCGCACUACUCAUGUUCAGAUACAGUAAAUCAAGUCAAGAGGAAAGGUAAAGACACAUCUCUGCAUUGCAUAGAUACCUGCCUGGUGC